AGAGAAUAUCGCGGUAUUUAAGUUAAAAAAUGUCCAACGCGAAGAUCAUCGAAAAUCCAGAAAUACCGGGAUUGGAAUGUUUCCUGCCACCACCCCCGCCGCCACCGCCUCCUGUUACAACGUCGAAGAGCAACAACAACUGCGUGGCUGUAGCGACGGAACAACAGCAACUCCUCGUAACAACAGAGGCGACAACGACCGGCUUAUCGAGCAACGAAACCGCGGCAAAUCUGACAACAGUUCAAGCACCGACUACAUCGUUUCCAAACGUUCCCGUGCCAACACCAUACAUCAUACAUCCUACGAUGCAACCACAAACACCUGGACAACCGGCUACACCGUGGUGGGUACCGACAGACGCGGACACGUCCGAUCUUUACGCAAGAUGGUACGACACGACCUACAAGGCGGCAGCUGCGACUGUAGCGUCGCAGACGAUACAAGUAUCGAGCAACGCGAAGAACAAGUAUUACAAACGCAAGAACGAGUUCAUCGAUCCCGCGCAAGAUGCAGAGAAAGUCGCGAGCGCCCAGAGGGAAUUGUCGGCACUAAUGAAACCGCUGAAAUGCGAUCUGUGCAAUGCAGUUAUGAACUCGACGUUACAAGCGAAACUGCAUUACGACGGGAAACCGCAUCAGAAGAAGGUGUCGAUGUUUCUCAAUCAAAGUGUAAAGAAACAGAAGACGGAGGACGGGCAAGUUAGUAGUACGACCAACGACUGGCAGAAUUAUUGCGAUAUUUGUAAAACGUGGUUCACGUCGCAAACGGACGCGACGCAACACUACGCUGGUAAAAAACAUAUUAGAGCGGCGAACGGGGGACGUCGUGCGAGGCCGUCGAAGAAGUCGCAAAAUCAAAAUCAGUACAGUCAAAUAGAUCCCACCGGACGAUUCGGGAUAGGAAUGGCUUUUCAGCCGGAAGUGCAAUCGACACCGGCACAGCCGGUAGUACCUGAGGGUACCAACGCGGUGGUACCGGCACCGGGAACAGGCUCCAUCUACACACCACCACCAUAUCCGACGCCGUUGCGUUGCGAUUUGUGUGGAGUAUCGGCUAAUCGGCAGGACCAAUUAGAAACGCACAAGCGAGGUGCCAGACACCUGAGAAUGCUCAGGUUGAACGGCUUGCCUGUUCCUGAACCUGCGGCAGAGAGCGAGGCGACACCAGCUACACCUGGACCUAUAGAUUAUUCUAUUUACCGAACGCCAUCAGGCCAGUAUUAUUGCGCACCGUGUAAUCUGUCGUUAAACUCCGAGAGUACGUUUGCUCAGCACGUCGAGAGCAAAAAACACAAGAAUCAGUCGAACCCGAAGUCGCCGUCGAACGCCGUGGUGGUGUCGAAGAAGGCUAGAUUCAAGAAGAAAUAA